CUUGUCCAUACCAUCUCUGGACUUCAGUCUUCUCCUUUGACUGAGGCAGUGGUGAUCUUCACUCUCUUUUUCUCUCAAAGUUUCUUUCCUUUCAGUGUCUUUUUUUUACUUUUGGAGACUCUCGACUUAACACUCAACGCGCAUUCCUUUCUAACCACCGUCCACCUUAUCCCCCCCCUUCAGUUGAUAAAGCCACCUCCUCCACUACUCACUUACCAUUACACCUUUCCGCAAAGGGGAAAUGUCUUAUUUCACAUCUUCAAAUGGCUUCGGCUCCUCUUGGACAGCAAAACAAAAUAAGCUAUUUGAGAAGGCCCUGGCUGUUUAUGACAAAGACACCCCAGACCGCUGGCAAAAUGUGGCCAAGGCCGUGGGUAGCAAGUCUGCUGAAGAAGUUAAGAGGCACUAUGAUCGUCUCGUGGAAGAUCUCGUGUACAUAGAAUCCGGGCAAGUCCCUCUGCCAAAUUACAAGCCCACUGGCAGCAGUGGUAGAGGACUUGUUGAAGAGCAGAGGCUUACGAGGAACUUAAAGCUGCAAUGAAGUGAAGCACCACAGAGUCCAGAUCUGUAGAAACAACAUGCAUGCAAGACAAGUAUUAAAAAAAAGAAAAGGUGAAUCUAGCUGCUGGCUUAGUUCUGUCUAUCGUUAAUUACUGUAGUAAUAAUGAACGCAACAUGACAAGCCAUGUGCGAUUCACACUUUUUAAGCUGGUGUGUAUGAUGUAUCUAUUCUAAUGGUGUUUUCCACUGUUAAUUAUAUAAAAAAAUCGUGUGUUCUAUAUA